GUCUGCGAGCGGUAGGCAUCCUUUUCGUUUGGGAGCUCGCAGGCCACACGUGGCGGACUUCCAAAGAUGGUGAACGGACGAGUCCGUAAAGUAUGUCGGAAGACGUAUUCCACGCCUCGACGUCCUUACGAGAAGGAACGUCUUGACCAGGAGUUGAAACUCAUCGGAAACUUCGGUCUCCGCAACAAGCGCGAGGUAUGGCGUGUCAAACUGACGCUUGCCAAAAUCCGCAAGGCUGCCCGUGAUCUUCUCACCAGAGAAGAGAAGGAUCCCGUCAGAUUAUUCGAGGGAAACGCUCUCCUUAGACGUCUCGUGCGUAUUGGGGUCUUGGACGAGUCCAAAAUGAAACUCGAUUACGUGCUCGGUCUCAAGCUCGAGGAUUUCCUCGAGAGGAGGCUCCAGACUCAGGUGUUCAAACACGGUCUGGCCAAGUCAAUUCACCACGCUCGAGUGCUCAUCCGCCAGAGACACAUUCGAGUCCGGAAACAGGUCGUCAACAUCCCAUCUUUCGUUGUGCGACUCGACUCCGAGAAAUAUAUCGACUUCAGCGCGAGAUCGCCCUUCGGCUCUGCUCGCGAAGGACGUGUGAAGAGGAAGAACAAGAAGAAGGGCCAGGGAGGUUCCGGCGGCGCUGACGAAGAAGAUGAGGAUUAAGCCAGGAAUCCUGAACUCGCCCCGUGUUGUCUGAAUAAACAUUUGGGACAGCUUGUGGCAAC